AUGUGGAGGACAGUGGUUGCCCUUACCUCACUGUCUCUUCUUCCGACUGCGCUGGGAGCAGAUAUCUUGAAGACCAGUGGAUUCUCCAAUUGUAACAACGGAUCAUCCACCAUUAAAGUCAACAACGUCGACAUCUCCUUCGACCGGUCCACCAAUAAAAUCCAGUUCGAUGUUUCAGGUACUAGCACCAAGGAACAAGAAGUUACCGCGGAACUUGUGGUGACGGCUUAUGGUGUCCAAGUUUAUCAAAAAGAGUUCGAUCCCUGUAAUGACUCUACCAAAGUCGACCAGCUUUGUCCUGUGCCCGAGGGGACAUUCGCUGCCAAUGGGACUCAGGAAAUACCAUCAGAAUAUACAGACCUCAUCCCUUCAAUCGCAUACUCGCUUCCCGACCUCGACGGAAGCGCUCAAUUGGUACUCAAAGCAAAAGAUGGACAACAAUUGGCCUGUAUCCAGUCCGGUGUCACAAACGGCAAGACCGUCGAGGUGCCCGCUGUAUCAUACGUAGCCGCUGCUAUCGCAGCUGCUGCUCUGGCAGUAUCUCUGGUCGGGGCGGCUGCGACCAGUGGACACCCUGGAUCCAGCUCAUCAAGUCCUGGUUUUUCGGAGGUCAUUUGGUGGUUUCAAGGCAUGGCAAUGAAUGGCAUGCAUUCGGUGCCAUAUCCUACCAUUUACCGCAGUUUCUCCAAAAAUUUUGGGUUCAGCACAGGUCUUGUAUCCUGGGCUGGAUUACAAAAGUCCAUUGACAGCUUUCGAUCGCACACCGGUGGCAACUUGACGGACGCCAGCUACGAGUACCUUCGUAACUCCACUCUGGUCUUCUCGGAUGGCUCGACAGUUCAGACUACGACGGGGAUCGUCAGGCGCACAGUUUCGUUGUUCCUGCGUGAUAUCGAUACCUCGAUCAACGGGACCACCCCCGACUCUGACGACGACAAUUCCACGGAAUCUCAUUUGGUGAAAGGUAUUCAGGGCUAUGUCGAACAAUUGACCAUUCCGGAGACGAAUACGUUCAUGACGGUCCUCUUGGUCUUUGCCAUUGUCGUUGCUAUUAUUGUGGUCGGCAUCCUCUUGUUCAAAGUCGUCCUCGAGGCAUGGUCACUCUUUGGCCAGUUCCCCAAAUCGUUAACCACUUUUCGCAAGGAAUACUGGCGGGUCAUGGCACAGACCAUUACGUCUCUGAUUAUGUUGCUCUAUGGUGUCUGGACACUGUAUUGCAUCUUUCAGCUCAUGCACGGAGACUCGUGGGCUGCCAAACUUCUCGCCGGAGUCACCCUCGGCUUAUUCACCGCAAUCCUAGCCUUUUAUACCUGGAAGAUCUGGAGCGUGGUGAGAAAGCUGAAAAAGCUGGAGGGCGACGUCAGUGCGCUGUACGAAAACAAGGAGACCUGGAAGAAGUACAAGAUCUUCUACGAGAACUACAAGCGUGGAUACUGGUGGCUGUUCAUUCCCGCUAUUAUUUACAUGUUUGCAAAAGGCUGUGUGCUCGCCGCCGGUGACGGGCAUGGCUUGGUGCAGACUAUCGGCCAGUUGAUCAUUGAGGCUCUGAUGCUCAUACUCCUUCUGUGGAGCCGACCGUACAACCGCAAAUCCGGCAACUGGAUCAACAUCAUCAUUCAGAUCGUCCGUGUCUUGUCGGUGGUUUGCAUCUUGGUCUUCGUGGAAGAGCUCGGCAUCGCUCAGACAACGAAGACCAUCACUGGCGUCGUCUUGAUUGCGGUGCAAUCGGGGUUGACCGUCAUCUUGUUUUUGCUGAUCUUCAUCAACAGCAUCAUCACCUGCUGCAAGGAGAAUCCACAUCGCAAGCGUCGCAAGGCCGCGGAGAAGCAUCUGUCCCCGGAUUUGGAAGGCGACGCUUUUCUGAUGGAACCCGCUCCUUACAAGGGCUCGCCGCCACGGCGCGCUCGACUGAGAUCCGAUUCUGCACCCAGCUACGAGCCCGUACGAGCGCAAGCUCUGGCACGGUUCGGUCCCCGCUUCAACGAUGACAGCCAGGAGGUCCUGGUCAAGGGGGCGGCGGGGAUGGGCCGUUCAGGCUACCGCAGCGUCAGUCAGGAUAGGAGCGAGGCUGAUGGCAGUCCACCUCCUUUGAUGCGCGAACCGAAGCUACCUAAUCUUGGGUUCGAACAAUAUCGACAUUAG